AUGCUCGCCGCCGGCAGCCGCGCCGUCUUCGCCUGCCUGUCCCUGCUCUCGCUCCUCUUCUCCUUCCAGUACGCCGCUCGUCAGCAGGCGCUCGCCGCGCUGCAGCUCGGAGAGUCGCUCGGAGGCGCUCCCAUCUCGGACAUCCCGGCGAUGUGGGGCCGGCACGUGGCCGCGCUCCUGGGAGCAUACGGGCUCAUGCUCGCGAGCGCGGCUCUCGGCGGCUCGGCCGACCGCUCGGUGCUCCUCUGUGCCGUCGCCUACGAGGCGGCGGCCGCAGCCAACACAGAGUACACCGUCGGCGCCAGCACGGCGACGCGGACGGCGCACCGGGUGCGGUGCGCGGCCACCGUGGCUGCGGUCGCGUACGAGUGGACUAGGCGACCUGUGAAGGGCCAGCGGCGGGCAUGA